ACACUAUUAAAUCCCAAUAACGCCUUCUUCACCCCCUUGGAGUUGUCGUCUUCUCGGUUCUUCCAACUGAGCAUUAGUGGGCAAGCAUUCUUCUUGAGCAGAUACUGGCACAAUUCUUUUAGUUGGAAGACUGUACAAUGCCGCUGGGACUGAUAUUAGGUUUAGCGAGAUCUUUCAGAAGAAAGCGUACUUCAUCUCUUGAUAUUCUUACUACAAAACGGGUUCCUCGGGGCUUCUACAAGGGAAAAAAUUGCAAGCCUACUGGUUUUCACACUCGCAAAGGUGGUUAUGUUAUUGUGCAAGAGAAGCUGCCUAACUACGUUGUUCCAGAUUUGACCGACUUCAAGCUGAAACCUUAUGUAUCCCAAUGCCCGAGGGAAACUACAAGUGCAAGUACGGAGGCAAAGGAAUCUGCAAAAUAAGGUUGAAGGAGAAAAAUGAUCCCCUUUUCAAUGAUAUUUAGGUUUUUCUCUAUCCUCAUUUUCUAUCGUAACAUGAAGGAGACGACUUGUUUGAUCCCCAUUCUUGCACAUCUCUAUAGUGACUACUUUGCUGGGAUUAAAAAGUUGUGCUUUUCUUUUUCCUUUUCCUUUUUUAGUUACUCAUCUUUGUUAUCUAAACAUGUCAUGGGUGACAUGAUCACUCUUGUUUGAUGCUUUUGUAGCUACAUUCUUUAUGUUGAUUAACUAGCUUGGUUGAA